AUGGUCAAGUACGACGCCUACUCUACCUCCGCCCACGAUGACAUCCAUGCUGUCGACUACGUCGCACGUGGUGCCAGCAGCCACUACAAGCCUCACGACAUUCACCAUUCCUCUUCGUCUCACAUCUCAUCGGCUCAUGCCCAAUCGAAGAGCACCUUUACCAUCCCUUGCCACCACAUCCGCAUUGGUGAUCUCGUGAUCCUCCAACACCGUCCUUGCCAGAUUAUCCGUAUCACCACCAGUGCUCAGACCGGCCAGCACAGAUACCUCGGUGUUGACCUUUUCACCAAGCAGCUUCACGAGGAGCCUUGCGUUGUCUCCCAUCCCUCUCCAUCAGUGGUUCUCCACUCCCUGCUGGGUCCCGUCUUCAAGCAGUACCGCCUCAUCGACAUCCGUGACGAUGGCAAGCUCGUCGCCAUGACCGAGACCGGUGAGAUCAAGCAGGGUCUCAAGGUUGUCGACCAGGGCCAUCUCUGGGGCAAGCUGAAGGAGGCUUUCGGUCACGGUGCCGGAUCUGUUCGCGUCUUGGUCAUCUCUGACCAUGGAAAGGAAUUGGCUGUUGAUUACAAGAUUGUUCACUUGGCGCACAAGUUGUAAAAGCUUUUGUCUCGGUUAAACUUUUUCAUGUGUGUAAAAUUUGAUAAAGGUGCGAUGUAUUAGUUUAAGGUGGGUUGGCGGUCAUCGGCGAGAUUUGUCUUGUUUUUUUUUUGUGUUUUCCCUAGGUCUUGUUUUUUGGUUACCAGUUCACUUUUCUAUGUUCAUUUCAUACAAGAAAAGCACAAAAAAACAAGCUUAGUUUUAAUCCGGAUGAUUGUAGUGUUAAAAAAUUCAUUCAUUCAGGCCUUGAAUUUUUUUUCUCGUCCUGAAAUACAUGCUGUCCA